CAAGUACGUUCUCCAUUUUACUCCCACCAUUCCUUCAGAGAAUAUCCGCGGCAGAGCACUAGUUUGUCUCAGUUGGUGACGACAACCGAACGGUAUUGCUACGUAGAGAAACCGAAUAAAGUUUGUAACUGCUAAGAAAGAAGCGAAUUCGAAAUGUCGGCCAGUCAAUAUUAUCACGUACAGUGUACACCAACCGUUUAUCCCGCUGAUCCUUUUGACCCAGAACAAGAUGCAUCUCUCCUUCGAACCGCCAUGAAAGGUUUUGGCACCGAUGAACAAACGAUAAUCGAUGUUCUUGCCCAUCGUGGUAUCGUGCAACGACUCGAAAUAAGCGAUAAAUUUAAAACUAUGUACGGGAAGGAUCUGAUCUCUGAAUUGAAAUCAGAACUCGGCGGUAAUUUCGAAAAGGCUAUUUUAGCAUUGAUGACACCGUUACCAGAAUUCUACGCUAAAGAACUUCACGAAGCGAUUUCUGGAAUGGGAACAGACGAAGGUGCUCUCAUCGAGGUGCUAGCAUCUCUUAGCAAUUAUGGCAUAAGAACCAUAUCCGCCGUCUAUAAAGAACUAUACGAUACAGAUUUAGAGGAAGAUCUGAAGAGUGAUACUUCUGGACAUUUUAAGAGACUCUUAGUUUCACUUUCUUGCGCCAAUAGAGAUGAGAAUCCUGAUGUUGACAGAGAAGCUGCAAUUCAGGAUGCUGAAAGAUUACUUGCCGCGGGCGAGGAACAAUGGGGAACAGACGAAAGUACUUUCAAUGCUAUUCUUAUUACUAAAAGUUAUCCUCAAUUACGAAAAAUUUUCGAAGAAUACGAGCGUCUUGCUGGUCACAGUUUAGAAGAUGCUAUUAAGAGAGAAUUUUCAGGAUCUCUCGAAGACGGUUAUCUUGCAGUUGUAAAAUGUGCACGAGAUAAAACUGCAUAUUUCGCGGAAAGAUUAUACAAAGCAAUGCGUGGAUUGGGCACAGAUGAUUCAACAUUGAUACGUAUAGUCAUAGCUCGAUCAGAAAUAGAUUUGGGAGAUAUUAAAGAUGCUUAUCAAAAAAUCUAUGGACAGUCACUCGCAGGUGACAUCGAUAGUGACUGCAGUGAAGAUUUUAAGCGGCUUCUGAUCGCGCUUUUGAAUUAAAGAAAGUUAUGGAAAGGAAUACAUGUUUACAUUAAUUUUAUUUAUAAGAAAUAUGAUAUGGGCAUCUUUAACAUAGAUAUUAAUAUUCGUUUAAUAUAAUUGUAAUAUAUACAUAUACUAUAUAUAUAUAUAUAUAUAUUUCGUUUGCAAUAAAUUUGCAUGUUUCUUUUAUUUCUUUUUAUUUAUCGUGAGUGUAAACGAGAAAACCAGUAUCUUUCUUUUCCAGAAUGAUUGCAACGCUGAGUGGAAAAGACUUCUGAUCGCAAUGUUGAAUUAGAGAUAAAAAUUUAUUUAAUUAAAAUCUUGAAAUUUGUUCAAAUAAAAGUCGUGAUAAAUAAAAUGACUUUUAAUCC